UAUGACUUGGAGAUUAGUACCGGAAGUGAGGAUGCGGACCUCCGGCUGUUUGGGGACAGCAACACUAUGGCUGAACAACACCAACUUAUUGCACUUUAAUUUUUAACAAUGUAAACAUUAUUAAAGUAUGUCCAAUCUCUCCAGUGCCGAGACAACCUAAAGUCAUGUUUUAAGUAGCGGAAACAUGCUGUUGUUGGUGUUUCUACACGCAGGACAUGACGCGACUCAGUGCCAAGAAACUUUUGGCGUGUUGUGUUUGUGCUUCAGGUUGUGUUUUUAUCUUCAUCACACUGCAGGUGGUGAUGAUGCUGGGCCAGUUUGAGCAGGCGGUGCACAAACUCCCCCUAAAGGACAGAGAGGAGAUAACACAGAUCCAAGCUUUCCCUGCCAGAGCUGCAACCACUGAUGAUGGAGUACCUCCAGGUUCUGAGGGCCAUUACCCCAUUAUUGUAUGGUGGUCUCCACUAACCGGAGAGCUGGGCCGGCUCGGGGAGUGUGGACAUAACAGAUGUUUUUUUACAGUUAACAAGUCCUACCAUUCCCAUCCUUCUACACAGGCUUUCCUAUUUUAUGGUACAGACUUCAGCAUAGAAAGUCUCCCUUUACCAAGGAAGCAACAGCACCACUGGGCUCUUUUCCAUGAGGAGUCGCCUAAGAACAACUACAAGCUCUUCCACAAGCCUCUCAUCACCCUGUUCAACCACACAGCCACCUUUAGCCACCACUCCCACCUCCCUCUCACUACACAACACCUGGAGAGCCUCCAUGCGCUCACCUCCCACACGUUCCUGCUCCCUCUGGCCAGGAAGAACCAGCUGAGGCACACUCUGGCUCCUGUGGUGUACGUCCAGUCAGACUGCGACCCACCAUCAGAUCGCGAUGUCUACGUGCAGGAGCUCAGGAAGCACAUCCCAGUCGACUCCUACGGCCAGUGUCUGCACAACAAGGAUCUUCCCUUCCACUUGCGAGACUCCUCUGCCAUGGAUGAAGAGAGCUUCUAUCAGAUCCUAGCACAGUACAAAUUUAUCCUAGCGUUUGAAAAUGCCAUCUGCGAUGACUACAUCACGGAGAAACUGUGGCGGCCGCUCAAGCUCGGCGUGGUUCCUGUGUACUACGGAGCCCCUAAUGUUAACAUGUGGCUUCCGAGUAACAGAAGUGCAAUAGUGGUGGACCCAAAACAGCCUCCAGAGAAACUGGCCCAGUAUCUAAACAGUCUGGACAAAAACGACCAGGAGUAUUUAACAUACCUGGACUGGAAGCUGAAACAGGAGGUCACAAAUCAGAGACUUUUUAAAGAAGUGAUGGAGCGUCAGUGGGGUGUGCAGGACAUCACUCGGGAUAACUUUAUUGAUGUCUUUGAGUGCAUGGUGUGUAACAGGGUGUGGGAGAACAAGAACAGACAAAACAAGGGUUUGGUCCCCAGAGUGUGGCAGGCUGAAGAACAUCAUCUCACAUGUCCACCUCCAAAGCUGUUUGAUUUCGCUGUGGAUUAUUCUAACAGCUCUUCUCUGCGCCACAUCUGGAGAGCCAGUUAUGAGCAGUCAGUGAGAGAAGCCCAAGCACUUAGACAGCUAACACUGAGGAACAGGAACUUCACAGCUGCACAGUUCUGGAGGGAGGUGUUUCAGAACUGGAAAGCUUCAACCUGGAACUGAACCUCCAGCACAUUCUCUUGCACAAAUCUGCUCUCAAUGCAAACCCAGUCACUGAUGAGCUGAGAAAACGGGACGCCGGGCUUCCAGUAUAAACCUGUGCCAAAUUAAUGAGGCCCAGAUGAUCCACUGUUGUGACUCCGAACAAGGAGCAGAUGAGAAACAACUAUUGCACAAAUUCUUAUUUUAUUAUGUGUAUUAGUGAUGUAGCCACUAGAUGGCGACGCUGAUUUUGUAAAAAUUUAUUAUAUUUUUUAUGACAUGCACAGCUCCGUAAUCUGGUGUCAGAUCCAUUAAACAAAGUACAUUCACCAAAAAUGAGCAUA